AUGUCAGAAGAGUGGAAGGAUUUUAUUGAAAAAGAAAUUAUUCAAAACGGCAAUGCAACACACGGAGCUCUUGUUAGUAUUUCGGAUAGAGGUGUUUGGGCAAAAACAUCAAAUUUUUCAAGUGAUCCUAAUCUAGGAGGUGAAGAAUGUUCAACAGCUUGGUUGGAUAAUGUUUUGGAUGUUAUUGAAAAUCCUGACAUUUUGAAUGAUCAAAAUGUUGUCAAGAAUAGUGUACAAUUAUUGAACAAACAAUUUAUUGUUACUAAUGUGAUAAAAGAUCGUGUAUUAUGUGGAAAGAAUGGAGUGGAGGGAUGUUAUUUAUUUAAAACAAAUCAAGCACUAUUGGUUGUCAUGUAUGGAAUUUCAAACGAACCAGCGGAGUGUUAUUUGGAUUGUGAAAACUUUUCAAGAUUCUUAAUUUCUCAAGGAUUGUAA